AUCUCAAAAGCGUACAUCAACUCAGCAGCCCGCAGCCCGCGAACAAAGGGAGCCAAACGACAAAGUAGAAUAGUUUCAAUUUGUAUUGAAAGUUUAGAGGUGAAUAGAAACAGUAAAGAGCGUGUGGCAGGUGUCACGGAGCGAGGAAAAAUGAGGCGGAGGGGAGGUGGGGGAUAGCAUGCCAGCGCCUGCCACGGCGGCCUGAUGGCGCUAGUGCGCCGCAUUCUAGGCGACGCCCAGGCGAAACUACGAAAAAUGGUCGAUGAGCAAGUCUCGGUGGGUACAAGGGUGGACGCUGACCCUGAACCAGAGCCCGCUGAUCCUCUCAUCACACCCGCUAGUUCUGUCCUGGACAGAUCUGACUUGGACCACAGACCGAUACCUCCUGAGCGCCGAUUGCUGAUAGGAACACUCGACAAACCUCGUAACGGAUCUCUUAACGCUGACAAAGAUGCCGGCACACUUAAUAGAACCACACGAUUAGCGAUCAGAAAUGGCAAAGAUAAUCCUUUUAUAGACGAUGACAACAAAGAAAACCAAGCCAAUGGGAAACUUGAUUCUCCAGUGAAAUGGUCCACUCAAAACGGCAGCGAUAGUGGAACAUACGCUGAGAUAGGUAAUGGAAGUAACAGUAAUGAAAGAAAUAUCCUGGACCCGGCUGAUAGCUCUGAGGAAGAAGUUCCUCUGCCUGAUGCUACCUCUCCGGGGAGAAGCAGCGAUGGGCCAGAGCCGCGAGCUGAUAUUACAGCCACCCUUGAAGAGGCUGCAUCACCAGGCGCUCGUUCGGACAGAUCUCGUCAAGAGGAAAUACCGGCAUCCCCUGGGAUGCUAACAGGGGCGCAAUUAGCUCGCCGGCUUAGAAUGGAAAACGAACGAUUACAGGCGGAAUUGACAAGAGUACGCCGACUACUGGUGGCAGCUGCUGAAAGGGGAGAAGCUGGCAACGCUCUUCUUGAAAGAACAAAAGAUGAUGAAUCACAAGAAACAAUCGCUUUGGACCCUCAGCAGCUUGAAAAGGAACUACUCUUAGCUAGAGAAGCUGUCAACUCUCUAAAGGCGGAUAAGAAAAGGUUAAAAGCAGAGAAAUUCGAUUUGUUGAAUCAAAUGAAACAACUCUACGCUACACUUGAAGACAAAGAGAAGGAAUUGCGUGAUUUCAUAAGGAAUUAUGAACAGAUGCGUUCAAGAGGUGGCGCUUCUUCUGCUCUCGGAGCGGAGAGAGCAGAGAGGGAGCGUGAGCGGGCCGCGCUCUUACGGCACGCUAGGGAUGAGGCCGAGCGAAGUUUGCAACUAGCCGCUGCACUCAGCGCGAGGGACACUCAACUCAGACAUGCCAGGGAACAACUCUUUGAGGCAAGACGACAGCUACAAGCAGCCGGGUGUCUGUCUGAAGGCGAAAGUGUGGCAUCACUAGGCAUCGGACCUCCGAUGUUAUUGGGAGGACCUACAGGUCUGAUCGGGGACAGAGGCAGUUGUAGUGCAGAUUCUGGAGUAAGAGUAACAGGUAGCAGCGAUGGAGGUGCAACUUCGGUAUGCGGAGGCAACCUAUCAGAUUCCACAGCGGAAGGAUUACCUCCGACUAUUGACUCAUAUGACACCGAUGGUGCGUCUUUGGUAUCAUCCGCGCAUCACAUUUAUCAAUUGGGCACUCCACGAGACUGCAGUCCUACAGUGUCACCGCACAACAGCGGAUCGCCAUUCACACGAUCAAUUGAUGCAGGAUCAUUGUCAAGGUCAGUGGAACAGCUAUCGAGCCCUGGUGAAUGCGAAGCAGCACUUGUGGGGGGUCUGCGAGGGCGCUCGGGGGGCAGCGCGGGAAGCAAAGGUGCCCGUGGUCGAGGUUCUGCGUGGGGAUCCAUAUCCCGCGUAUUUGCAAGGAGCCGACACCGUACCAAAUCCGGCAGCGCUGCUGUGAGCGGUCAUGAAAGUGAACCAGUAUACGCGGGUACCGGUAGUACGACCCGUGCAUGGUCGCCGCUAAGUAGUGAAGCAGCUCUCCGCGAGGCCGCUUCCCAGCCUUUAGCAAGGUGGCGCACACCGGCAAUCAUAGCGUGGCUAGAACUGGCUUUAGGAAUGCCACAAUAUGCAGCUGCAAUAGCCGAUAACGUCAAAAGUGGCAAGAUCCGUGCUUUGAAUGGGCAGGUUCUGCUCGAGUUGACGGAUGCAGAUCUGGAAGUCGGACUGGGGAUCUCACAGCCGAUGCACCGCAAGAAGCUGCGUCUUGCUAUCGAAGAACGAAGACGACCAGACUUGGUCAGGAAUCCAACAAUAGGUCAACUCAGCCACGCUUGGGUCGCCGCGGAAUGGUUACCAGAUUUGGGCCUUUCUCAGUAUGCUGAGUCAUUCCUGGCUAACCUGGUGGAUGCCCGCAUGCUCGACACUAUAAGCAAGAAAGAGUUAGAGAAAUACCUCGGAGUUACAAGGAAGUUCCAUCAGGCCUCCAUUGUUCACGGCAUUCAUCUGCUGAGGAUAAUGAAAUACGAUCGACAAGCUCUGGCGGUGAGACGUCACCAGUGUGAGAACGUAGACGCGGACCCCCUGGUUUGGACCAAUCACAGAUUUAUGCGGUGGGCCCAUAAUAUUGAUUUAGGUGAAUUCGCUGACAAUCUCAAAGAUAGUGGAGUUCAUGGCGGCCUGGUAGUACUGGAGCCGUCUUUCACCGGAGAAACAAUGGCCACUGCUCUGGGUAUUCCACCGUCUAAGAGCAUUAUUAGGAGACAUUUAGUGGCUGAGUUUGAUGCCCUUGUAAUUCCUGCGAGAAACAUGUUUGGCCACCAAAUAAGAAUUUUGGGGAGACCAUUUUCAAGGUCUGUUGCCACUGGAUUACCUGGGAUUGACCUCAGCGGAGAGUCAAGGCGACAUAGUCUACGGGGCUCAAUAACUCGUGCUCUAGGGGUACUUAAGCCUAAACACGAACGGACAUCCCCUUCAAGUUCUAGCGAGAGCUCCAGCGUGCUCAGUCUCGGUACUCAAUCAUAUUCGUACUCACCUCCUGUGGCGGUACGAACUCUCUCUCAGCUGAGCAUGCAGUACGCGCCGCCGCCGACCCUCCAGGAAUACGAACCGAUAUACACACCAUUGAGCCUGUAUUCUCAAUCCAGCGUCUCAACAAGGGACAGCCUACAAAGAUUGAAUGAAAUCAAAGAGAAUUCCAACAUCAUGCACAGGUACGGACAGAGAGCCGAUCAAGCCCACAGAGUGAGUUCCCCUCUACCCAGUAAGUCCGUAGACGACUCCCUCGUCAAACAGAAGAGACACAGACGAGUCAAAAGCAUUGGCGAUAUUAACGCUUCCAGUAAAACUUCUGUUUAGAAUCUUAGUCAAUUAAAUAUAAUCUUACAGAACGAAACCCAUAACAUUUUCAUUAAAUUUUUAGCAUUGUUAAGAAAAUAAUGAUUUAGUUGUAAUGAUUAUUCAGUUUGACUGUUAGUUGUAUUUGUUGGUCAUUAUAGGGCACCAACAGACGACAAUUAACAGGUAGUUGAAAUGUCCAUAAUGAUUAUGAAAUUCGGGAGCAAAAAGUAAACAAUUUUUCAGCUAUGUAAAUAAGCUUCAACACUCAUUCAUCUUCUAUAUAUUAUCUAACGCACACAUAAGCGUCCACGCUAGUAAUUUUAGUCAACUUAUUCGACAUCAUUAUAUGACAGAAAAACUAAUUGUGUUAUAAAAAAAAUUAAGCAUUUUUUUAGGAAAUUGAUAAUAUAACGUCUCUUGCUAAUAAAAUGAGCAUUCUUGUAUUUAUGACCAGUUCCAUGAAGCAAUAUCUCUAGCUCCGAAACUUUAAAACAAAUAAUGUACAAAAUAUUCGGAUCCAAAUAUAUGAAUUGUAAUAUUUAGUUGUGGCAUCUAUCAAUUGUACUCAUACAAUGCAAGCAAUCAACAGUGAUCAUACAAAAAAUCGAUUCUAGACAAUAAAUAGCAAGCGAACGCUUAAAAUUUGCACAAACAAACAUGAUAUACAAAGAAAUUUUGAUUGCAAACCAUUAAAAUAUACUAGAUGAUAUGGGACAUUCUUACUUUUCAAGAAAGACGUUGAGUACAUGGAAUUGGUCAUUAAGCAACCGAACUCUAGUAAAAAAUUAUCUAAAAUUAUCAAAUUAUCUAUACGAGAUUUUAAUUGAAUAAAAAUGAUCAUCAAUCUAUUUAAGAUUUUAUUAAAAUUACUAAAUAAAUUUAUUAAAAUAAAUACUUUUUAACGUUAAAUUAAAAACAACACCAAUCAUAUUGAAUGUUGUUAAAUUGAUAUAUUGUGGAAAAUUCUUGUGCAGUCGUGUAUGAUCCACAAUUAACUUGUCCUAUAAUUUGCCCCCAAAUGACGUCAAAUGUAAGUUUUGUUCAGUAGAGCUUUGUAGUUUACGUUGCAAUUUUGAGAACUGAGAGCUGUCCGAUUCCUUGCUGACUAAAGUUGAUUCACGUGCUUGGACCUGAUCAAAAGAUUUUUAUCCGACUUCAAAAAAAGAAGGUUUGUUACCACAGAAGGCCGUCUCUAAUAAACUAAUUAGAAAAUGAAACAUUUUUCAUUACUUAAGACAGUUAAUUUUUUUUACGUUACAGUUAGUUUUUUCAUUAAUACAGUUUCAACUUGUCUCCAUUGAGCGUUUUCCCCAUUUCGUCAUAAUCGGUUCAGUAGUUUGACUUUAAAAUCAAAUAACUGAUCAAUUUGUGUCGUCCAAGUCAUCAAAAUUGUAUAUUUUGUUUCUACUGAAUUUAUUUAAUUUCUUUCACAAUUGAAGUC